AUGCACUCGCCAUUCUCGAGUCUCGACCACUGGUGGUGGCGCUUCCUGGAGAACCACGUCUACCGCAUCCCGCCGCCGCCGAAGCGCAAGCGCACGAAGCCGAUGCAGGUGCUCUGCGUCGGCCCGCCGCGCAGCGCCACCGAGUCCCUGCAGCAGGCGCUGCUGGCGCUCGGGUACGACCACACCUACCACGGCUGGGAUAUCGUGUACGACGACCCGCCGAUCCCGGCGACGGGGUGGGUCAGGCUUGCGCGGAAGAAGUGGUACGGCGGCGGCGGGUUGUCGUCAUCGAAAGCGAAAGCGAAAGGGGGAAAAGAAGGAGAGGACUCAUCGUCGUCGUCGCCGUCGUCAGCGGAAGGCGACUGCGAAAUCACGGCCGAGGAAUUCGACGAGCUGCUGGGCCACUGCGUGGCGGUGACGGACGCGGCGGCGAGCUGCUUCGCGGCGGAGAUGAUUCGGGCGUACCCCGAGGCCAAGGUCGUGCUCAACGUGCGGCGGGACCUGGACUCGUGGCACCGCAGCGCGAUCAAUACGCUGGUGCACGUCAAUGAGAGCUGGAGCUUUUGGGUGUCGAGCCUGUUGGACCGGGAGGCGUUUUGGGCGUGGCAUGUGUACGAGAGGUUCCUAUGGGCUUUAUUUUUCCGGGCGCCGGAUGGGGAUAUGGCGAGGGCGAUUCGGAGGAAUGGCAAGUGGGUUUAUCGUGAACACUGCGACAUGAUCCGCGGCAUGGUGCCCCCCGAACGACUCCUCGAGUGGUCCGCCGACGAAGGGUGGGAGCCCCUGUGCAAGUUUUUGGGCAAGGAGGUACCCGACGUGCCGUUCCCGCACGCGAAUGCCGUUGGGCCGGGGGGCGGGUGGAAGGCGAGAGAGGAGAUGGCGAUUAAGAGGUGGAUUGAGGGGGUUUUGACGAAUUUGAUCUUUAUGGGGAUUUUCUUUGUGGGUGGGUGUGCUGUUUGGAUCAAGUAUGGGAGAUGA